UAGUUUAAUGCAAAUACGCUGCAGCACGAUGCUCCCUUGGUCAUGUGUUUUGUUUGAUUUUCGUUACUUCCAUUGUUUGCAGAUAGUACCUAGAGAUAAUGAAACACGGUCUACUUUAAUGUACAAGUACAUCAUCCAUGAAGACUCGGUGCCCGUCAACAACAACAACGUGAUCCAGGAGGAGACGUUUGAGUGGGCUCUGAAGAGCUGGUCUCCGUGUUCUAAGCCUUGUGCUGGAGGGUUUCAGUACACUAAGUAUGGAUGUCGAAAGAAAGGAGACACCAAAAUGGUCCAUCGAGGGUACUGCGACGCCAGCAAGAAGCCGAAACCGAUCCGCAGAAUGUGUAACCUUCAGGACUGCACCCAGCCUCA